AUGAAGGGUUUCAGACAGCGCGUGCAUGAGCAGCUCUCACGAGCUAAGGAUAGCAACAAGAUUUCAAAGAACAAGAACAAGGACCAGCCCUCCGGCACCGCUUCUCCUCACGGCGCCGCCGCCCAGUCGCCCGCCGGCACCCCCUCGUCCUCGACCCAGAACCUCGCAGAGACCCGCAAACCAUCAAAUGACGCCCAGUCAGCAACCCAACAGCAGCCAGCAAUGUCGCAGAACCAAUAUCUCCAGCAGCAACAGGGUGCUAACGGCACCCAAAGCCCAAACCGCUACAACCAGCAGGGUGUGAACCCGAGUGUCGUCAUCAGCCCGAGCGCUCCUCAUGUGCCUCCCCCUGGCGCCGCCGAAACCAUGCCGCAUGAUCUUGCUCCACCGAAAGCCGGCCAAAAGUCGCUGCUCUUCGACAGACUUCAGGCCACCCCCAAAGACACUGUGCCCGAGGGUGUCCGCACUCCCAAGCGUCAACAUUCUUCGAGAUUCGACAUCUCGGACCAGAGACAGCGCGAGCUGGAAAAGCUGCCCGGCUUCCACGAGGUCCCUCCCAAUAGGCGCCAGGAGCUCUUCAUGCAGAAACUCGACCAGUGCAACAUCAUCUUCGACUUUAACGACGCAAGCGCAGACAUGAAGUCUAAGGAAAUCAAGCGUCUGGCCCUCCACGAAUUGCUCGACUACGUCGCUCAGAACCGCCAGGUCAUCUCGGAGCCCAUGUACCCCAGGGUCGUCGAGAUGUUCAGCAAGAACUUGUUCCGUCCAAUUCCGCCUCCCAUGAACCCCCAGGGUGAUGCUUUCGACCCCGAAGAAGACGAGCCCGUCCUUGAAGUCGCCUGGCCCCAUAUUCAAGUCGUCUACGAGUUCUUCCUCCGUUUCAUAGAAAGUCCAGACUUCAACACAAACUUCGCAAAGCAAUACAUCGACCACAGCUUCGUUCUGGCACUACUCGACCUGUUCGACUCGGAAGACCCCCGCGAGCGUGACUUCCUCAAGACUACCCUUCACCGCAUCUAUGGUAAAUUCCUCAACCUGAGAUCAUUUAUCAGACGUUCCAUCAACAACGUCUUCUUCCAAUUCAUCUACGAGACUGAGCGCUUCAACGGAAUUGCUGAACUUCUUGAAAUACUUGGAUCCAUUAUUAACGGAUUUGCCUUGCCACUCAAGGAGGAACACAAGCUCUUCCUGACUCGCGUUCUCAUUCCUCUGCACAAAGUAAAGAGUCUGAGCAUGUACCACCCACAGCUCGCAUACUGUAUUGUACAGUUCCUGGAAAAGGAUGCCGCCUUGACUGAGGAAGUCGUGCUUGGUCUCUUGCGUUACUGGCCCAAGGUCAACAGCACCAAAGAAGUCAUGUUCUUGAACGAGGUGGAGGAUAUUUUCGAGGUUAUGGACCCCGCCGAGUUCGCAAAGGUCCAAGAAGCGUUGUUCAGUCAACUUGCCAAGUCCGUUGCUAGCCCACACUUCCAAGUCGCCGAACGCGCGCUAUACUUCUGGAACAAUGAAUACUUCUGUAAUCUCGUCAGCGACAAUGUCGAUGUCAUUCUGCCAAUCAUGUUUGCUCCUCUCUACGAGAACUCUAAGGGUCACUGGAACAGAACGAUCCACGGAAUGGUAUACAACGCCAUGAAACUGUUCAUGGAGGUUAACCCCCAGCUGUUUGAUGACUGUUCCCACGAUUACACUGAGCAACAAAACAACGCACCCGAGGUCAAGAGAGCCAGACAGGAGAAGUGGGACCGACUCGCUUCCCUCGCGCAGUCAAUGAAGAGCGGUCUUCCCCCAUCAACCGCUGUCAACACAAGUACUGUACAGAGCGCCACACCCGCGCGCACGGACGAUACGGAUCCACUGCGCCUGGAACAACUCAGACUACAGGACGACUCGGACAGGAGACCGAAAGAGUUUGAGAGACAGACCAGCUCGGUACGUUGA